AUGGGAAACAUCUCUGCAACUAAAGUGCGAACAAAUCAAUUAGCCCAAAAAAUUGAUUACUUGAGUUACGAUGUUUCAGUUGAGAAAGAAGUUAAACUCUCUUUGACACCACAACCACCAACACCAAGAACAAUGAAAAAGAUGAAACUGAUCCAUUCACGUUCGGACCAGUUAUUGACACCAACUCAUAAUUUGUUCAAAAAGUCUAAAACAAAUGGACUUAGUCCAAAAAUUAAAACGAACCACAUAUUACCAACUAAUUCGGAAAUUCAAAUUGAACAGCCUUUUGAAACAAAAGAAGCUGAGUACACUCAACUUUUGACUCAAAACACAAACAGUACAAAUCUUGAACUUAUCUUUUAUUCUUCUUUUGAUGGAUUUGAUCCAAGAGAUUUCAGAAACAAAGUUGCUUGUCAUUCAAAAAUGAUAUUCUUGUUUGUAACAAAACAACAAGAUAUCUUUGGGUUUUACCAAGAAGAUGUUAUCCCAACUUCUUCUGUAAAUUCAGUUUUGAAUGUGACCUCUCACAACUUCUUUUUAGUGGGGCAAAAGAACAAAUGGGAGUCUCCUUCAUUCCUUUUUCGUUCGCCAAAGUGCAUGGCUUGUGAAGACAAAUCUUUUACACUGCACGAUGACAGAAGUCCACUUUUCCUUUCAUGUUUCUCAGCCUUUUGGGUGAGGAAAAGUGGAGACAUCAACUUCAACUUGUGUUUCAAAGACUAUUACUUAGCCGCCAAUAGCAGUAAAAAUCCGUUAACUGGCCGAGCGUUUUCAGACCAUUUGAAGUGUGAUAAAGUCAUUGCACUUAAGUGCAACUAA